AUGGGAAAGAGAAAGCAGAAUGCUGAGAAGUUGGCUAAAAGAAAAAAGUUGAAACAAGAACAAGAUGCACAAUUACUGACUGGUUUGUUUGCUUCAACUACUCAAGUGUCUGACGAGGAAGGUAACGAUUGGGACAAUGAAGAACAAGAAUAUGAGCUUAAACCUAGAAAUGUUAAGAACGUCAAAACUGUCGAAUCUUUACCUAUCAAGAAAUCUGAUGGUACUAUUGAACGUGUCGUAAGAGAAGUUGAAAUCGAAGAAGAGGAACCAGCUAGUGAAGAGGAAGAACCAGAAGUUGAGGAAGAGAAGCCACAAGAAGACGAAAAAGAAGAAGAAGAGGAAGAGGAAGAUGAAGAUGCACAUUUAACCCCUCAACAAAAGUUGAUCAAGAUAAAAGAAGAAAUCGCGGAUCUUGCCUCGAAAUUAAUUGAAAACCCAGAAGAAAACAUCUCAUGCUUAACUAGAUUAAGAAAAAUGUCAGAAUCAAAGAACUUUGUAACCAGUCAAUUGGCCAUUAUGGCACUCAUUCCAAUUUUCAAGUCAUUGGCACCAUCCUAUAAAAUCAGACCUUUAAGUGAUGUCGAAAAGAGAGAAAAAGUAAGUCGAGAAGUUGCAAAAUUAAGAACCUUUGAACAAUCCUUGGUGACUAACUAUAUUGCAUAUAUUGACACUUUGACUCAAUUUUCCAAAGUAUCGUACUCCAAUUCUGCCAACAAUAAGAAAAUCACCAGUGAUCAUUUGAAACGAGGAUUCUUGGCAACAACUGCAGCUACAGAAUUGUGUCUUUCCUCUUUGCGUCAUUUCAACUACCGUAGUGAAUUGUUUCUGAUUGUAAUAAAGAGGUUGAAUAGGAAGCCCACAAAUCCUCAAGAUUAUCAAGUAUUUAUGAAAUGUUUGAGAGUUUUGGAAACUUUAUUAAAGGAUGAUGCCGAGAAUGGUGACAUUACAUUUGAUGUGAUCAGAAUCAUGACCAAGACUAUAAGAGACAAGAAAUUCAGAGUGGAUGAAUCGGUAAUCAAUGUAUUCUUGUCGCUUGCCUUGUUGGAAGAUUAUGAUCCUAAUAACAACAGAGACGACUUGCCAAAGCCAAAAUUGAAAAAGAAGGACCGUGUUCACUUGUCCAAAAAGGAAAGAAAAGCCAGAAAGGAACGUAAGGAAAUUGAAGAAGAAAUGAGAAAAGCCGAACAGGCUAUAACAGUGGAAGAGCGUGAAAAAUACCAAGCGCAAGUAUUGAAAAUGAUCUUGACUUUGUACUUGGAAAUCUUGAAGGCUGGGUCUCAUAGUGUUGAUGCUGGUGAGAAAGAUGCUGCAUUAUUAAUGGGUGCUGUGUUGGAAGGAUUGUCACGAUUUGGACAAAUGGCCAAUUUUGACCUUUUAGGUGAUUUCUUGGAAGUCUUGCGUGAAAUCAUGAAUGAUAUUGUAGAAGAACACUCUAUGGGACAUUUCAAUUCUAUUGUUGAUGGAAAAAUUGACGAAACUGACGACCAAGGAGGAAUGUACAGUGGGAAGCAAAUAAGAACGGUGUUGUUAUGUAUAGCCACUUCGUUCUCGUUAGUCUUGAAUCAUCAGUCCACCGGUAGAUUACCCAUGACGAUAGAUUUGAGUAAAUUUGUAUCGACGUUAUAUUUGGUGCUAGCAGAUUUAGCUUUGGAUCCAGAUUUAGAGUUCAGUCACAAGACCCUUCGUUUAGCUGACCCGUUAUCAAUAGCCAAUGAAGUUGAAAAGCCGGCCAUUAAUGUUUCUACCAAGGCGGAAUUAUUAUUGAGAUGUCUUGAUUUCAUAUUCUUCAGAUCCAAGAAUGGGACUACGCCAAGAGCUACAUCAUUCACCAAAAGAUUGUACUUGUCCUUCUUGCAAACGCCGGAAAAGACAUCGCUUGCUGGAUUGAAGUUCAUUGGUAAGUUAAUGAAUAGAUAUGAUGAGGCCGUUAAAGGGUUAUGGAAUACUGAGGAGAGAAUCAGUGGUGAAGGUACUUAUAAUUUAGGUAUCGAGCGUGAAGAUAGAGAAGUGGAAUUAGAAAGAAGUAAUAGUGAAGCAGCUACUCUUUGGGAAAAUGUCUUGUUAGAUAAGCAUUAUUGUCCUUUAGUAAGGGAUGGUUCCAGAUCCUUAAUGAAGAAUAGUAAAGCUGGUGCACAAAGGUAA